CCAGCAACCAGAUGAAGUCUCUCUCCACAGUUUCAUAGAGAAACAAGCAUGGAUACGAACAGGAGGAGAACGCCUAUUGAAUUACUGAAUGAGAUAUUGGCUAACAGUGAAAAGAUGGUCCCAGAAUAUUUGUUAAUUUCCUAUGAAGGAGUUUUGUAUCCUGCCAAUUUUUGCAGCCCAGAAAAUUUCAAAGCACUUCAGUCUUUUGAAGCAAGGAAUGAUGAUAUAAUCCUAGCAGGAUACCCUAAAACUGGUACAAAUUGGCUUGAACAAAUCCUGAAGGAUUUGGAAACAACAGCUGGCAAAUAUACUGAAGAGGAAAUUAAUUCUAGAAACAGUAUUGAAAAAGAAGUACCAAUGAUUUCACGGCUAGAGUUUAGAGAUGAAAAGCAAUUUCAGAUGAUGAAGAAACUACCUUUCAGAAGAAUCAAUACCACCCAUAUCCUUCCACAAAUCCUGCCACAAUCUAUUUUCAAAAAUAAAGCUAAGAUACUGCUGCUGGUUCGCAAUCCAAAAGAUACAGCUGUCUCUUACUUUCAUUUUUACAAUGAUAUGCCUUUACUUCAAUCCUUCAACACAUGGGAUGAGUACUUUACAGCUUUUAUGAAUGGAAAAUUGACCUGGGGCUCCUAUUUUGACUAUUUAAUUGAAUGGAACAAGUAUAUUGCUGAUGACCAUGUUAUGGUGAUAACCUAUGAAGAAAUGAAAGAAAACCAGACUUUGGGAAUGAAAAAGAUAGCCGAAUUCCUUGGAUUCUCCCUCAGUGAUGAUGAGAUCCAGACCAUUGCAGAGAAGAGCACCUUCAAAGCUAUGAAAGAGAAAUCCCCAGAAACCCAUGGCUUGUUUGGAAAAAUUAUCUUCCGUAAAGGAAUUGUUGGUGGCUGGAGAGAGUUUUUUACUGAAGCUCAGAACAAAGAAAUGGACAGAAAAUUUGAAGAGUGUUUAGGAGGAACUAAGAUUGGAGAAAAGAUAAAAUAUGGAAUAUACUGCAAGGCUUGAAGAGUAAAACAUGCAGCCUUUUUAGAAGUUUUUUAUGAAGUUGUUUUAGCUUUCGUACCAUAAAUCUAUCUUUAAUAGAUCUUGGAUUGUUUUCUAGGAAUAGGUAAAUUUAAGUUAGGCCAAGUUAACAUAAAUCAGGCUACAGGAAGUUGUGUAAAGAAGAGAUGAGUCACAGGUGAGACAAUGUUAGAAGUAUAGGAAAGUUUAAGUCAGUUCUAGGAGACCUGGAUAUCGAUUGGUGGUUUAAGGACAGGUAAUAGUUCCAGUUUGAACAUAGCAUGCCAAAAGUCACAUCCUUUUCAACCAUAAUUGAACCUUUGUUUAGCUUUAGAUAGUGAGGAGGGGAAUGAAAAGGGAGGCCUUCCCCUAAGAUGAUGUUCCUCUUGCUACCUUUGUGCUGAAUCUCCCAGCUGUAGAUGUAUGGAGACCAGUGCUUUUUAGAACUUAAUCUCUGAAAUUUGAAUGAGAUUUUCCUAAGAAGCUAGGCUUAGAUUUCAGAAUUUAAGAUUUUAGAAUCUGGGGUUUUAAGAUUUUUUAAAUUUCUUUUAAAUGAGUAAAUAUUGGACUAGAUAAAUAUAUAUCUAGAUAUGUUCUUGUUGCUGCAUUAUUCACACUGUAGUAGCCUUUAUUUGCUAUCAGUGUUCAUUGCUCUUUUAAUACAAUUCUUCCUUCAUACUCCUUCCAUUGAAAGAUUUGACUGGGUUUGGACAGGGGCUACUCAGAUUUACUUUGGAUCCCAGAUGACCUUCAAGGUCAACAAGCAGCAUCACCGAAGCAAAUGUUUUUCCUAAUAUGAUCUGUACACUUGUUUUUCCACACCAAAAAAGCAGAUUAAUCAUAUCAAAUUCUAUGUAUACAACUGUAAACAAUCAUAUUCUACUUCUUGGUACCAGUAAUUUAAAGCUGAUCUGUGCUUU